CGGUAAUGCACCUUCACGUUGGUGCCUCCCGCCGUUAAAGCCACAAGAAGAAGAAGAAGGAGGAGCACUUUAACAAUACUACGAUUGGCUCGUAUCUCUCCUCACGAACUAAGCCGCUUACAUCACUGAAUCCAUCGACUUUAAAUGGCUGUAUGAUGAUUACGCCGCUACUUUUCUCUUUCUCAGUCGCGACACUGGAGCUGCAAUGAAGGCAGGGGCCUCGUCCGUGUGGGCUUCAUGCUGUGGUAUCUUGAAUGAAGUCAUGGGAACCGGGGCCGUCAGAGGUCAGCAGCCAGGGUUUGGCGCUGGUGCGGGGCCAUUCAGGUUUGCCCCCAGUGCUGGCUACUCAACGUACCCUCCCACGAGCUCAGGAAGCCCCACGCUGGUAUGCAAGGCCUGUGGUCAGGCCUUCACAGUCUUCAGGAGGAAGCAUGUUUGCUGCGACUGCAGGAAGAGCUUCUGCUUUCUGUGCUGCGUGCUGCAGGAGAACCUGCGCAUCUGUGCCACUUGCCAUUUACUAAAGGCUACCGCCUUUCAACGUCCACGCCUCAUGCGCCUGCGUGUGAAGGACCUGCGUCAGUACCUACAGCUGCGAAACAUUCCCACUGAUACCUGCAGGGAGAAGGAAGACCUAGUGGACUUGGUGCUUCGUCACCAAGGCAUCGAGGAAGAGGAGGAGGACGACCCUGACGCAGCCAGCCUUCGCUCGCGUAGCCUGUACACCGCAGCCCCCUCCACCACACAGUCUGCCUCCGAACUGUCAGCCUUUGCUGCCUCUCAGGAGGAACCUCUCAGCAGAAGCGACAGCUCUGACACCAACCAGGACAUGGGGGAUGCCACAUCAGUCUCCCUCCUUAACUUGGAUCCAAAUGAACACACUCCUGAGGGGAGUCCUCAGAUGCGCCGUCGUGCCAGAGCGUCCCUCUCAGACAUCUCCAGUCUGAGAGACAUCGAGGGUCUGUCUGUCAGGCAGCUCAAAGAGAUCCUGGCCAGAAACUUUGUCAACUAUUCAGGGUGCUGCGAGAAGUGGGAGCUGGUGGAACGCGUCAGCAGACUGUACAGAGAGACAGAGGAAAACAGGAAAUCAUUGGAAAAUGUGAGCAGUACAGUAACCUCAGUGAUGGCCUUUCCGCCUCCUAUCUGCAACGGUGCCAUUGGAGACGGGGAAAUCUGUCCGCUCACGAUUCGCGACGACAAUCUCUGCAGGAUCUGCAUGGAUGCCACGAUCGACUGCGUUCUCCUGGAAUGCGGCCACAUGGUCACUUGUACAAAGUGCGGCAAAAGGAUGAACGAAUGCCCCAUCUGCAGGCAGUACGUAGUGAGGGCCGUGCAUGUCUUUAAGUCCUAACACACAGCUGCAGCAUCCGUCUCCGAGAGGGAUGGUACCGUAACCUAAUGAUACAGCUCAUGAACUCUGAAUCACAAGAAAAAAAUGAUUUUACUGGAUGUUUGUACUUCUCAAAGUCUUAUAGUUUGCACACUAAAAUGUAUAUAUUAUUUUUUUUACAAGAAUUCUUUUCAGAACAGGACUGUAACUUCAGAUCGACUCGCUGUCUUACCUAAAUGUUUGGCCUCGUCAGAUUUCACAAAGCAAAGAGUGAGUGACGCGCAUGACCUGCAAUCGUUUUCACUGAAAAUCAUAAUUAGUUGUUAAUACUGUGUUUGCUAGGUAUAGCUUUGGUCCACUCACUGUACAGCUGAUGCACGUGAGCUAGCCGAGGGGCAGCAGACUCGUACUAAAUCUCAAAACAGGAGAGCAAACAAGGUGCCAAACUAAAAAGGGGAUACUCCUUUUUCUUUUCAGCUAUGCAGGGGAGGGGGGUGAUACAAGUCUCUACUUCGAACACAAACAUUUUUUUUUUAGGCUUUGUGUUUAAUGCACCAACACUUGCAACCAAUUACAUGCUAUGAGAAGUUAUCGAGCAAAGGUGUACAGAAUUUUCCAACAGGCUGAAGUUCAUUUAAAACAGCUCAUUAGAAAUAACAAAUUCUGUUACGUUUGCUCUCUUUGUUCCUGCAUUUGACGCUGUUGACCUCAGCCUCCUCCUGACACCACUGCUUCAUCAGGAAGGCAAGGCCUUCACAGGUCUGUGCUGCAGUGGUUUAAAGAAUAGUCCGAUAAUACGACCAACUCUGUUAUGAUUGGCAACAUUUCUUCUUCUUCUUCCUGACGUUUGGUGUCCCACAAGCAUCCACCUUGGUCCCUCUACUUUUUACAUUUUUUAAUUGGAUUCUUUUCAUAGCAUAGUUUCUCAUUUUAUUUGCAUGCAGAUGAUGUAUAAAUCUAUCUGCCUGUCAUGGCAGACUCUAUAGGUACACCUUCAGAUGUUGGGAUGAGAUGAAACUGGCUGCCUAUUUUUAAAACCAAACUGAAUGUAUUGUGUUUGGCCCUCUCCAGCCUGCCUUAUAGUGUUGGGCCUCAUCUUGACGUACCGUUUGCUCACUCAGCCAGUCUGUGAACAUUUCAAUGUGGCUUUCAGUAGAAGUUUAACCACUUGGUUAAUCAUUAAUGCUUUAAGUUUUUUUCCCAAUUUUCAAAAGGGAAGUCCCUUUUUGAGUCACGAUGACCUCCAAAAGCCAUUCAUGCUUUUUGUUGUUCCCAAAUGGACUAUCGUAACCGUCUUUAUGUGACUGACACAAAUGCAAACUGUACUCUUGUAACGUACUCCCUACACUGGCUCCCAGUGUGUUUUCAGACUUAUUUUUACUUACUUGUUUCAAUCGUUUUUUAGUGGUAAACUCAUGGUUGAGGUCUAAGCAUUGUGGGUGAAUAUUUCUCUCAUUUUCCACCCAUCAAAGUGUGCACUGCCACUGAUCUGCCUCUUGUUUAGGAUCCAAUGAAAAACCUUUUAUGUCAAACUGGUUUGGGGCAUGAUGGAACGUGAUCACGUUUUGGACCAUUUUUAAUCAAAAUUCAUCAUUUAGGCUUGAUGCAUUGUUAUUUAGAUUUACCAUUCCGAUAUAUUCUUUUAUUUAAUGCAUAAAACAUUGAAAUAAUUCUAAAAAAUACCUGUCCAUUGUAGCAAUAUUUUUUACCCUCUGAUGCCAUCUCCGGUCCAUGUGAGCACUUGUAUAGAGACGACAAAUACAAAGAGGUGCUAUCUUAUUUAACCAUCUUCCAUGUUUUUUAGCUGAACUGGGAAUGUGGAACUGAAUGUCUAGCUUUGUUUACUAUCGGUAAUGAAAUGAAGUGUGUAAAGCUAAGAGUUUAUGUAGGAACCAUGUAUUGAACUAUUUAAAGGUGUACCCGAUAGCUGUGGUAGAGUGAGUAUAUAGAGAGAAAUCAGUAUGUAUAUUUGCAUAUAUUGAUCUAUAUCAGAUGUGUGUAAUUAUAUAUAAAUAUGUCGCUGAAGCUGGAUUAUUUUUUACAAAGUUAUACUAAUUUUCUAUUUGAAAUGUGUUUCAUCAGAUUUUUGUUUUUCAGCAGAUUAUUCAUCUUGAAUCAGAGCAUUACAAGACGCUUUUGGAAAUUAAAGGAUUUUUGUCCUAAAUACCUCCACUAACAACAGUACUCGUAUUUUAUUCAUUUCCCCCUAAAAUCCACCUUAUUGGUAAUGAAGCUUAUGUGGAACAAAAAACACUGCAACUUUCACAUCACACAUCCACACAACCAUUCAGAGUAGUGUAGCAGUUUGCACUUUUCUUUCUUCAUUAUUGUGUUCAAAGUUUGGUCUUUGUAUUUGGGAAUGCUGAACUUUUUAUUUUGUUAAUUAAAGACUUUUUAAAAGCUUGUGUUA